UUUUUUCUCUCUUUUUCUUUUCCGAUUUCCUUUUUUCUAUAUAUUUUGACCAGUCAAUCCGUUUAUUAUUAUUAUUAUUAUUAUCAAAAAUUAUCUGAUACCUAUUAUUUCUUUUUCAACCAUUCAUUUGCAUGACCAGCCAUCAACCAUCGGCUUCAAGCCAACAUCAUUCUUCCGCCAAUGUUGUUGGUGUCCAUUACAAAGUCGGAAAGAAGCUAGGAGAAGGUAGUUUUGGUGUAUUAUAUGAAGGAACCAAUUUAUUAAACAAUCAAUCUGUUGCCAUUAAAUUUGAACCAAGAAAAUCAGAUGCUCCUCAAUUACGAGAUGAAUACCGUACUUAUAAAAUAUUAGCUGGACUACAAGGAGUACCUAAAUCGUAUUACUUUGGUCAAGAAGGUUUACAUAAUAUUUUGGUCAUUGAUUUAUUGGGUCCUAGUUUAGAAGACUUAUUUGAUAUGUGUGGAAGACAAUUCUCUACUAAAACUGUAGCUAUGCUGGCAAAACAAAUGCUCUAUCGUGUUGAAAAUGUUCAUGAACGAAGUCUUAUUUAUCGUGAUAUUAAACCUGAUAACUUCUUAAUUGGACGACCUGGUUCCAAAUGCGCAAAUACAGUGUUUAUGAUCGAUUAUGGCAUGGCAAAACAUUACCGAGAUCCCAAAACAAAACAACAUAUACCCUACCGGGAACGCAAAAGCUUAUCAGGCACUGCAAGAUACAUGAGCAUCAAUACCCAUUUAGGACGAGAACAAUCAAGACGGGAUGAUCUGGAAUCGCUUGGUCAUGUGUUUAUGUACUUUUUACGUGGAUCUUUACCGUGGCAAGGUCUCAAGGCAGCAACAAAUAAACAAAAAUAUGAAAAAAUUGGUGAAAAGAAACAAUCCACUCCUGUCAAAGAACUAUGUGCUAGUUAUCCAGAAGAAUUUGGCGUAUACUUGCAAUAUGUACGUAAAUUGGGAUUUGAAGAAUCACCCGAUUAUGAAUUUUUACGAGAACUAUUUAACAAGGUGCUCCGAAACAAUAAUGAAGUGGACGAUGGCGUUUACGAUUGGUGUUUGUUAAAUAAUGGCAAAGGAUGGGAAACUGUCAAUCGUCAUCGACAUGGACGUGAAUCAAAUCAAGGCCGACGUACUCCACAACAUCAUCGUCAACAACAGCAGCAGCAACAACAGCAACAGCAACAACAACAACGACAACAACAACAACAACAACAACAACAACAACAAGAACAACAACAACAACAGCAACAGCAACAACAAGAACAAGAACAAAUUCAACAAGUGUCGGCUAAAAGACAUGUUUCUCAGCAACAAUCACAUCAACAUCGUUCUAGUCAAGGCUUGAUGGAUGAAACCAAGGCACCAGUAAUGCCACCUUCACCACAACAUGGCCUGCAAGUCAAUAUGCAACAAGAUAUACCUCCAACACAACAUCAACAAAAGAAUGAUCGUGGAUUCUGGCAUAGUUUCAUGUCCUUGAUAACCUGUGGUGCCAUUGCUUAGUCAACCAAGAUAGAUUAGAUACAUCCUUCUUCCCUUCCUUUUAUUACUAUUAUUAUUAUUUUACACCUAUCCUUCCUCCUCCUCCUCCUCUUCCUCCCACUAUGUUAUUAGUUUGUUGGUUCUCUUUUUUUUUCGGUUUUUUUUUUUUCUGGUGGUGAUUGAAGAGGGGUUGGUAGGUUAGACUAUUGAUUUCCUUACUAGUUAUGCAACCACUUUGUUUUUCUAUGCUUUUUUUUUAAUAUUCCUUUUUUACUGUAUUACAUUUUUAUAUUUGGUUCAUCUUUACACGACUUUACCCUUAUUGAUUUUUUUUUUUUUUGUUGGGACAUCAUCCCCCUCCCCCUUUUUUUUGAUUUCUCCUCUCUCCCAUCAUCCAAUCAAAUCAACUGAAUAAAGAAAAGUAAAAUAGAAAACA